AUGGAAGAUAUUCAGGAGAACUUUAGAAGAUCUCCCGUAUUAAGAAACAAUGUUCAGCAUCAAACACUUUCAUCAUCAAAAAGUCAUUUAAGCACAGAUUCACUACUUUCAAGGAAUAGUCGAUCAGGACUAGUUGCCGUUCCAGAAAAUUUCACGAGUAUAGAAGGGCUUUCAGAUCGUCUUGGAAAUUUACGGUUUAAAAAAGCAGGAAAAGAAAAUGAAGGACAAUUUAAUUGCUCAGAGAUCAAGGACAACUUAUCUUUGAAAAACAAAAACGAAUCUCCAGAAAAAAACAGUUUGAAAAAAGAAACAAAACAAAUUGAAGUGCAGAAACAAGAAAAUUCAGAUCCAGACUCAAAACAUGAACCAGAGAUUCGGACAUGGAGUACACAUAAAGGACUUACAUUAACUGAAAUUGAAAAAAUAUCAAAACCAAAAGUAAAAAGGCUCGUUAAUGUUUGUCAAAUAUUUUUUCUUGAUCAUUAUUUUGACAAGCUACGUUAUCUCUACGAAAGACAACAACGAACAGAAAAGUUCCACGAAUGGGCAAAAAAACAAAUAAAAGAAGGGAAAUUAACAAGCUCAGAGCACGCUGCAGCAUGGAAAUGUCACUGCCAUACAGAACGAACUACACUUCGAAAAAGGCGUGCCAAAAUGAAACAAGAAAAUUUUCAUAUUAUUGCACAAAUUGGCCAAGGAGGAUAUGGAAGCGUUCAUUUAGCACAAAUGAAAGACACAAAAGAGAUUGUUGCUCUUAAAAAGAUGAGCAAAAAAUUACUACAUAAAUUGGAUGAGAUACGCCAUGUGCUUACAGAACGUGACAUUCUUACUAAUUCAACAUCUCCUUGGCUUGUUCGCCUUCUUUAUGCCUUCCAGGACCCUGAUUAUUUAUUCUUUGCUAUGGAAUAUGUUCCAGGUGGUGACUUUCGUUCUCUUUUAUGCAACAGUGGAGUUUUGCGUGACGAACAUGCGAAGUUCUAUCUAUCUGAAAUGUUUAUGUCAGUAGAUGCUCUUCAUCGUCUUGGAUAUAUUCAUAGGGACUUAAAACCAGAGAAUUUUCUUAUUGAUUCUAAAGGUCAUAUAAAACUUACUGAUUUUGGACUUGCAUCUGGAAUAAUUAAUUCUCAAAAAAUAGAGUCUUUGCGACUCAAGCUUGAUCAGAUCAAAAAUCUAGAAGUUCCUAUCAGAUCUGCAACUGAGCGCCGAGAUAUUCAUAAAACUUUGAAAAUGCAAGAAUUAAAUUAUGCUAAUUCUAUUGUUGGAUCACCUGAUUAUAUGGCACCAGAAAUUCUUAACGGCCAUGAUUACGAUUUUACAGUAGACUAUUGGUCUCUUGGUUGCAUCCUUUUCGAAUGCUUAACAGGUUAUCCUCCAUUUUCAGGAAAAAACAUGAACGAAACCUGGUCUAACUUAAAAAACUGGAAAUAUACAUUGAUUAGACCUAUCUAUGAAGAGAAAGAAUUUAAUAUUCAAGACGAAACAUGGGAAAUGAUCACAAAACUUAUUACGAGCCCCAGAAGACGAUUAUCUAGCAUUCAAGAAGUCAAAGAACAAAAGUAUUUUAAACAUAUCGAUUGGACAAAACUUCGCCAACAAGAAGCACCUUUUGUUCCAGAUCUUGAUUCAGAAUUCGAUCAUGGCUAUUUUGAUGAUUUUACAAACGAAGCUGACAUGCUAAAAUAUAAAGAAGUCUAUGAGAAACAAUCCUCUGUUGAAGCUAUGGAAGACCGUUACGAAAAAAUCCGUCCUUCUGUUUUCGUUGGGUUUACAUACAAACACCAAAAAAUUGUAGAAAGUAGUGGCAUACAGGAAAUCCCUAACCCUGUUAAUAAGCUUCAUAAUAGAGAAGUGACCUUUGAAACAUUAUUCUAG